UUUAUUAUUACGGCGCAGUUGUUGGUUUUUUUUUUAUAUCGUUUUCCUUUUUCCCGUACCACUUUGGCUCGUCGCGCACCAGUCGAACGUAACACUAUUACAUCCAAUUUUUUUUUUUCAUUCCUUUGCUAUUUGUUUUUCUUUUUUUCCGUGUUUGCCUUUGCUGCCGUGUACGAGUGUCGCGUUCGCACAAUACUGCGGCGGUCGUAAAGUUUCCAUACCGAGUAGACGACAUUUUUCUGACACACAACCGUUGGGUCUGUUCAAACGCAAUUCGUCGCGUCCACGUCGUAAUCCGGAAAACAGUCAGGGAAAGCGGACUAUGUCCGACGGUGAAAGUUCGGCGCAGACGGCCGCAGUGGAGACGGGCGGCCAGUCGGACAACAUGAACGUGGAUGGCCAGCAUCAGCAGCAGCAGCAGAACGUGUCCAUCACCAAAGACGACGGCGAACCGAACCCAAAAAAGGCCAAGCUUUCUGGCGGUUCCGAAGUGUUCGGCCGGGGUGGCGGUGGCGGCGAAAAGCUACACGCCGCUUCGGACAAGCUGGAGCACAGGCUGGGAGGCAUACUGUGCUGCGCCGUGUGCUUGGACUUGCCCAGAUCGUCCAUCUAUCAGUGUACAAAUGGACAUUUAAUGUGCGCUGGAUGCUUUGCUCAUUUGUUGGCUGAUGCACGAUUACGAGAUGAAAUGGCCACAUGUCCCAAUUGUCGCGUGGACAUUGCGAAAAACACGGCCACACGUAAUUUGGCUGUUGAGAAAGCAGUCAGUGAACUGCCAUCAGAGUGUCAGUUUUGCGCCAAAGAAUUCCCACGUAACACAUUACAACAUCACGAACAACAACUUUGUGCAGAACGACCAGUAAAAUGUGGAUACAGUAAAAUAGGCUGCCCAUGGCGUGGACCCAGUCAUGAAGCAUCUGAACACGAAAAAGUUUGCCCUCACCCAUCAACUACGGGAAAAGAUGUUAUGUCUGCACUUGAUGCUAUGGACCAAAAGUUUCAGGAAGAGAAACUUUUAUAUGACACCAUAUUUGACUUGAUGAGUUUUGAAAAGAUAACAUUUAAUGAUUUGCAGUUAAAACCAUACCGAACAGAAGAGUUUGUACACAAGUUGUACUAUGAGACUGCCCGAUUUUCAGCGUUCAAUUUCCAGUGGGUUGUCAAAACCCGCAUCAAUAACAUGCAAAGAGACCCAGCGUUGAGUGUUGAUCGUCACAUGUCAUACCAGCUGAUUCUGAAAACCAAAAUCCCCACACCUAUGUCUGUCCAUUAUCUAGUAGUUAAAGGACCAUUUGGUGAUAUGAAGGUGAAUCCGAAAAUAUAUAAGUUUGAAUUCAACGAGAAUGAAACAGAAACACAAUUUGUAACAUUGCCAUUACCAGACUCAGCCGAAUGUAAUCGGCUGUUAGCUGCCAAAACAAUCAACUUAAGGUUGAUCAUGUUUUUGGUGUCAAAAUAAUCACAAAAUCAAUAUAUAUAUA